UUUUGAAGUUUUUCAGAAGUGGGGAUUGCCGCAAAGGAGCUUCUCUGUCACGCGUUAUGGAUAGACAUAGCAGUAAAGUGAGUUUGGUGGCUUCGCUGCAGGCCGUUAAGCAGGGUUGCGGCAAGACAUACAAUCAGAUUGCAGCGGAGACUGACUUGACCAAUGUUUAUGUAGCUCAGCUCUUGAAAUGUCAGGCCCAGCUCAAGCCCGAGACUGCCUCCAAGCUCCAGGCGGCGCUGCCUUUGCUGACCGUUGACCACCUUCAACAAAUGAUGCUCCCUCCCAUGAGAUCCUAUGACCCCACUCUAAUUCAAGAUCCCUGUGUUUACAGACUGAAUGAAGCUGUCAUGCAUUUUGGAGAGAGCAUUAAAGAAAUCAUUAAUGAGGAGUUUGGUGAUGGCAUCAUGUCAGCUAUAGACUUCUACUGCUCAGUUGAUAAAUUAAAAGGUGUAGAUGGCAAUGAUCGUGUUGUUGUGACUUUUGAUGGGAAAUACUUACCAUACAGUGAGCAGAAAUCUGAGAACAUGAUGUCAAAACCGCAACCAAAAGAAGAGUAGGCCAGUAAACUAGUUUCUGUUGUACUUCUUUUCGUUGCUAAUAAAAUUGCCUGCGUGCUUUCCUGAAAAAAAGAAAAGUGAGCCUAUUUUCAUUGUAUACAGUUAUUAUUACUUGCCUAUAUUUUAUGUGUACGAAUUGCUGACUGCUUUAUCAGCAUAUUGUAGUUGGAAUAAGCAACUAGUGUAAUUUGUCUCAAUAUCUCUUGGGCAAUGCCUAAUGCUUUAAGAUCAUUACGAAAAAGGUGAUAUACUGAAUAUAUAUACUCCGUAG